AUGAGACCACUGAUGCGACCUUUCUUCAGUGUGCAAUGCCUUUUAGGGCUUGCUACCUUCACCAGUAGAGCCUUCGCACGAGCUGCUCUCAAUCCCGAUAUCCGCGCAGACACAAACCGAGAUGGGGUCGUGGAUCUUGCAGGGGAUACAGAUGUCUUGGAUAAAGCAAUCUGGUCGCCCUCCAGGGGAGCUAUUUUCCUGCCGAAUAUCGGCGACACCUGCGCAAGAUGUCCGAACAAGGAUCUCCAAGGACAUCCUCUGAGCAAUGAGGAGCUUGCUGCCUGCAGCGACGCUUCUGGGAACUUACUACUGGCACCGGAAUAUGUCGCCCCUCUGAGGACCGUGCCGAUGAAAGAGAUCCCAGAUAAUGCAUACGCGAACAUAUACGCCACUCCAAAGGCAGCGUACGAUCGAGUCCGACUAUUUCUUCACGACGAUCCGCAAAGCAAUGCCUCAACCUCCUGGCGACUCAUUGACAGGGAAUUUGCUUUUAACGCAACUCAACUGCGUAAGGGCCUGGUCCUUGGUCUUGAUGGUCGCGAGUUGGUAAAAGAUGCCAACGUCUGGAAUGGGAACGUGGUGGUUCACUUUGAUGUUCAUGACGGAGAAGAGUCAGCCAGUGAUGCAGUCGCUCUCAAACUCGCACCGGUACUCACCCAUCAUCACCUCCAGAACGUGGAUACAUUGGUCACUGUUGCCGCCAACGAAGCAAAUCCGGUGCAGGUGAACUUCCUCGCCCAGCUUGACAAGGGUCGAGAGCAGGCGGGGAUCCGAAAGCCUCUGCUUCUUCUCAACCAGAGCGAUGACAUCUGGGCCCAGGAUUUUCUGGAACCGGCGUAUGCCAGUAUGCCUGGUCCUCAGGGGCCCAUUUCAAUUCGGAUCAUGCUUCGCUCUGCGCAAUCCACCCGAACUGCGGGCCGACAGGUCUUUGAGUUUCUUCGACGUAAGGGAGUAGGUGGAUUCCAGCCAGCUCCCGGCUUCGGACACCGGGAGAUCAACUCGUUUGGCAAUCUGGAAACAGUUCCCCCAUACACCUCCAAGGCUGGUGUUCAAUACAAAGCUGGGCGGAUAAUCAUGGGGAAACACUUCGGAGAGCCUCCUGCAGACUCGAUGCUCACCUUUCUCAACUCCCAAGGACUGCAGUCUCCUCUACUGCUGGAGGCAGGUUGGCUCCUUAUCGGCCAUGUGGAUGAAUUCGUCCAGUUCCUUCCGUUUGCCAACAACCUGGGCUGGACGAUCGCGAUAGCGGAUACCACGACAGCAAUGACGCUCCUUAAAGACGCCCAAGCGGCAGGCCAUGGUGAUGCACACGCCAUCAGUUUUGUUCCGCCCCAGAAGUCCGCCGACGGAUUUCUAGAUACAAGCGAGCUUUCCUUGACGAUUAACGACGUCCUUGCUAAUGAAACAAUCCGAAAAGCCAACCAGUACGCUCAACGCCACAUCGACUCAAAUCUCCAGAUAUUGUUGUCGGAGAUCAACCUUCCUAUGGAACAGGUGAUCCGAGUGCCUACCCUGUUCAAAGCUGCAACAUUCGAACUCGGCGGGGCCGACGAUGGUCUGCCUCCUCAUACCUCGCCACUUCUGCCCGGGGAGAUGCAGCUAAUGGCAUUUUUCCCGGCGGCAAUCAAUGGGAUCGUGAUUGGGAAACACUAUCUUUCCCCCAAGCCGUGGGGCCCUAUUGUGAAGGGGGAAGACAUCUUCGAGAAGGCAGUCAAAGCAGCAUAUUCCAAAGCCGGCAUGACGAUAAGUUUCGUGGAUGAUUUCCUGUCACAUCACAUCUUUGGCGGGGAGAUCCAUUGUGGUUCGAACACUCUGAGAGAGCCCAAUUCUGCGUGGUGGAAGUGA